AUGGGUAAGGCUCAAGCUACAAAAGAAUUUAUUUUGAAUGAUGUUUGGUGGGACAAAAUUGCAUAUAUUAUUGAUUUUACAGAGCCUAUUUAUAAUAUGGUUAGAGUUUGUGAUACCGAUGAGUCCACACUUCAUUUGGUAUAUGAGAUGUGGGAUUCUAUGACAAAGAAGGUGAAGGCAUCAAUAUAUAGGCAUGAAGGGAAAUAUUUAAAUGAUACUUCAAUAUCACCAUUUUAUAAUGUUAUUUAUUCGAUACUAAUUGAUAGGUGGACUAAGAGUUGUACCCCUCUUCACUGUUUGGCUCACUCUCUAAAUCCAUGGUAUUACAGUGAUGAAUGGCUCUGUGAGGAUCCAAAUAGAGUUUCUCCACACGAGGAUGAAGUGAUAUCUACACAAAGGAAUAAUUGUUUUCGAAAAUUGUUUAAAACGGUUAAGGAAAGAAAAAAGGUUAAAAUUGAAUAUGCUAAUUUCUCAUCAAAAUCAAAUAGUUUUGAUUCUUUUGACUCUAUUGAAGAUAGAUGGGUAUUAGACCCUAAAUCUUGGUGGGUUACGCAUGGUUCUCCCGCUCCUCUUCAAAAGCUUGACUUAAAGCUUCUUGUGCAACCUAGCUCAUCAUCUUAUUGUGAAAGAAAUUGGAGUACUUAUUCAUUCAUCCACUCUUUAAAAAGAAGCAAAUUGAUUCCUAAAAGAGCCGAAGACUUGGUUUAUGUGCUUACAAAUUUGAGGCUUUUGGGUAGGAAAUGUGAAGAAUACAAAGAAACGAGUACUAAGAUGUGGGACAUUGGUGGAGAUGCAUGGGAAAGUUUUGAUGGUGUUGGAAAUCUUGAAGUUGCAUCAUUGUCUCUUGAUGAGCCAAAUUUGGAAGCCACUCUAUUCACCAAUGAUAGCGAAGGAGGAGACGACAUUGAUACUAUACCAAUAUCUUAG